ACUCAGCUCCGUCGUGUUCACGUGUGCGACCGUGUUCUUGGUAAGGUUAUCGCGACAGAAAGUGGCAUGUUGAUGCGUAGAAUACCAUCAAUAUUUCAUUUCUCUCGGGUUUAUCAUCAACAUAUUUGGAUAAAAGACCAGGUUGGCAAUUUCCUAAUCCGAAAAUACAACAUUUUGAGUAGGAACACAAUGUCUGACGAUAAUGGAAGUGGCUCCAAGCGUACAUGUGUGCGAAUAGGAACGCACAAUGGAACGUUCCACUGUGACGAGACCUUGGCCUGUUACAUGCUGCAGAGACUACCGCAGUAUAAAGACGCAGAAAUUGUCCGCACCAGAGACCCGGCUGUUCUAGAAACCUGCGACAUUGUGGUCGACGUCGGUGGGGUGUUCGAUCCAAAACGACAUCGCUAUGAUCAUCACCAAAGAACAUUCAAAGACACCAUGAAUUCCUUGAACGCCGAGAUGCCAUGGACCAUCAAACUCAGCAGUGCCGGUCUCGUCUACUUUCACUUCGGUAAAGAGGUCAUCUGGAGGACCCUUGACCUUUCACCCGAUGACCCCGACGUGACCUCUGUCUAUAACAAGGUCUAUGAUAACUUCAUGCAAGAGGUCGAUGCAAUUGACAAUGGCGUGGAUCAGACAGAUGAAAAGCCGAGGUACGUAGUCUCUACAAACCUGAGCGCUAGGGUGGGCCACCUAAACCCCAAAUGGAAUGACGAGGUCCAAGAUUAUGAGAGUGGUUUCAAGAAGGCCGUAGAGUUGACAGGGAAGGAGUUCCUUGAUAGAGUAAACUAUUAUGGUAAGGUGUGGUUACCGGCCAGGAGUGUUGUCAAGACAGCCCUACAAGAAAGAUUCAAUGUGGAUGCUUGUGGAGAGAUCAUCACCUUCCCUCAGGGAGGCUGUCCAUGGAAGGAACAUCUAUUUGAGCUGGAGAAGAUCCUUGAUCUCGAGCUCCCUAUCAAGUAUGUCCUGUACCCGGACAACAGCGGAGCCUGGAGAAUACAGUGUGUACCAAUCAACAGACAUUCCUUUGACAACAGACUCUCCCUCCCGGAGAAGUGGCGUGGUGUUCGUGACGAGGCCCUCAGUGAACUCUCUGGGAUCUACGGCUGCAUCUUUGUGCAUGCAUCAGGAUUCAUUGGCGGCAACAAGUCUAAGGAGGGAGCCCUACAGAUGGCCAGGAAAUCCCUACAAAUGGGGCAAGAAAUGGACUGAAAGGGACUUUGCCCGUUGUGCCAGACAUUGCUUGUUGUCGCUGUUUAUAUGCUUUUAUUGUCAAUUUGAAGUAUGUGUCUCAAUGUAACGCUCAGCACCAACCUGACUCGUUGACCCACAAGGAUAACCAUUAAUCAGGGCCCCAUUUCACAAAACCUGUCCUCAGUGACAAAUGAAAUUUAGUGUUGUAAGCUAGUGAAAUCCUUGCUUCUGAUUGGUUAUCAGCAGAUUUGUCACUGAUUUUUAUCACUUGUUAUUGAAAAAAGACUUUGUGAAACGUACCCUGGUGUGUUUAGGCUUUUGUAUAAGCUCUUAUUUUUGUGAAGGUUUUAUUUUUGCAGAUUUGCCAUAGAUUCGCAAAAUUCAACAAGUGAAAAUGCGCUGGUAACGCAUAUACGAUCAUGUAUUGUAAGUAACCUGGGUCAGAUAUUGCAAAAUUUCUAUGUUUCUCUCGUCCUUUCAAAACCGUAUCCUGCACAUUCCAUGAUUACAUAAUCAUUACAAAUGGGGCAUCAUUGUAUAUGGAAAAAAACAGGCCUUUCAGUGAUACCAAUGUCAUGUACAAUAAUAUAGUAACAAUAUAGAUAUCAAUGCUCAAAUUUGAAUUGAGUACUUUUUUUGAGGGGAUUGCUAGCAGAUUUGUAUGGAAUAUACUAUGUCUGUAUUGGUUGUUGCUGCGUGAGACAAGCCUCAAGCAAUCUUUGCUACACAAAGUCAAACUGUCAUACCUGCUUUAACAAUCACGUUUGAAAAAAGACGUGUCUGUAAAGACAUUUUUCAUUGCAAAAUGUAUUCAAGGAACCUGCAUACAUGUAUAAAGACGGUUAAUCUUGUCUCCCUUGAGUUGUAUAUAUAACAGGGUUCACUGAUUGGACUAGCGCACAGUGUUUCCAAGCUAGGGACUAUUUCGACUCAACUACCUCGACUGAUUUAACUAAAGAACCAGACUAGGCAUAAAUAGUCUAAAUUCAAGCUUCGAUUUAUGAAUCCCAUUUCAUUUUUUUAAAAUAUUAACCUUCAGACUUCAGACCUUUGGGAAUAACGAAAUUAGACCAAAAAGUGGACAUUCAUGUACAUAUUACAUGCAUGUGCUUUUUUAUUUUGUAUUGUGACAUGCAAAUUAAAGUGCUGAAUUGUAAAUCUAUCUGAA